UCCUCCUUUCUGAGAAAAUGCAAAAGAGGAACUCUUACUGCUGAAAUAAGGGCAUGGUGCCACGUUGAAGGUAUGACAACGGUCUCAGGCUCCUCUAUAAAAACGAGCCGUCCUCCUGACUGUCUCCACUGCAGCAACACCUCGCCUCCUGACUCAGGACCACGGCUUCAGAGAUCUCAUCCAACAUCUUUCUCCACCCAAAAAAGAUGGCUGGCCUGUGCUGGAUUGUUGUGGUGCUGGUCUUCAGCCUGUCUGCUGGACACACCGAGGCUAUGAAUCAGAAUGAUGUCGAAACUAUUACAAAAUACAUCCUGGACAAGUACUUCAUAGCAAACAAGCACUUCAGUCUGGCUGUAAACAUCCCAAUGAACCAGAACCUGAACAGGCUUCAGGACCUCUUCAACGCUGACGAUGCUACGACUGUGAUGAACACGGUUCGAAGCGGGGCAGUGUACAGAGGUACCAAUUUGGUUGAAGCAUCGCCUCGAAGUUAUACAGCACCAAACAGAAACCAAUAUACUGAGCAUGCAGAGGCUCGAGUCCUGGACAACAUCCAACCUUUAGCUGCCAGUAGUGCGGGUAAAAGUCUGGUCUUCUAUUCUUACCUUUCUCCAUGUGGCGCCAAGUGUACAAACCCCAACAAUUACAAUAAUAUCCUAAACAAGAUUGAUAACAUUCCCAAUGACAGAUGGGCAGACAGUGCCUUUGUGUUUUCGACUGUAUUCGAUGGGUUCAAAGAUCAAAAUGGCAGGUAUGUUUACUUUACUGUAGAUGAAAUAAGAAACACCCUUCAAAAUCUUGGAGCAACUAAAUUUGGUCAGGACAACAUAUUCCGUUGUUUCCGAGGGAAAAGACAAUGCAUCAAGUGCUUCAACAAUGGCGUACUUUCACCUCAGUGUGUUAGAAACAGGGGCUGAGGUAGAGAGAUCCUGCCUGGGGGGAGUACGAGGGGUUCUGUGGACC